AAACAAAACAAAACAAAGGUUCAAUGCAGAGGAUAAGAGUGACUGCGAGAGAGACAGAGAGACGGCGACUGAGACAGAGAGAAGAUUGGAGAAGAAGAAGAUCGCAGAAGAAGAAGAACGAAGAAGAAAAAUGAAGAAUGAAGCAGUGAAGUCGUACCUUAGAUAACAGCCGACGAGCGACAAGCGAAGACGAGCGACCACCGAAAAUGGACCAGGUUCAUUGUCCAUGGAUUUUUCCUAUUUUUGAUCCCGAGUUGGAUGAUAUCAGCCCUGAAGACAUAGCAAGUGCAUUGGAGGUGUUUAGGAAUUAUGACAAGCCUUUAAAGGAAGAUUGUAAAACGCAGCUUACCUUGGAGUUGACACAUGAGAAAAGUUGUCAUAUUCUUGACACUUUGGUUUUAGAGGCUUUGAGGGGCGUCAACAUUAAAGAGCUAGAAAAAAAUUUACCAAAGACAUCAGAUGUGUUUCUCUCUGACGAUGUUAAAACUGCGUGCUCAGUUUUAGCUGAUGGCAUAAUCCUUAUUAAUCGUCUUCCUAUCCAAGUUUUGCAAAAACAAGCGCCCCUUCAAGUCCUCCAAGGUUGUUUUCUAUUCCUCCAAAAAUAUUUGACUACGUAUGUUUUGUCUACAAUCACUCUCCUACUUGCGUCCUCCCUUCAGGGGGAGCCUUGGUAUGACGUGAUUCCUGUGAUUCCUAUAGUGGAACCAGUUGUUCUUGCACCACCACCUCCUACUGGGACUACAGAACCCAAUGUCACCAAGGAUAGGGAAGGGCAAGUUUAUGCUAGGGACAAAGACAAACAUAAAGUUAAUUGGAUAUAA